AUGGCCUGUGAUCCUAUUGUUUCACCUGAUAGAAGUGGAAAGGAUUACUUUAAUAAACUUGAUUCUUUAUGGAAAGAUGUUGAUGGUCUUACUAGUUUAACUGAGUGUACUUGUGAGGCUUUUAUUAAACUCAAAGAUCACUCUAAUCUCGUAAAACUUAUGCAGGAAGAAUCUCUUCAAAGAAAUGGUUCUUUGUCUUCUCUUCAAUCUUCUCAGUCUUUAUCUAAAUCCCAGUCCACUACUUUCAAUAGUCAUACUAUAGAAAAGUGUUACAAACUAAUUGGUUACCCUAAGGACUUCAAGCCAAGGAAUGAGUCUAAUAAUCAGAAUAGUUGUAAUAAGAUUUUUUUUGCCAAUUCUACUACCACUACUUCUGGAAGUACAGUUACUUCUAAUCUUUCUAAUUAUGUUGGAGAUUUUGAGUUGCAUCGGCUCACUAAGGAACAAUACAUAAAAAUUUUACAACUUAUUGGUAAUAGGCAACUUAAUGAGGAAGCAUCUGCUAGUGCUAAUAUGGCAUGUACUUGCUUGUUUCAAGUCUUUAAUUCAUCUGUUAAUUUUCAAAAAUGGAUUGUUGACUCAGGAGCUGAUCAACAUAUGAUUGUUUCUGAUUCCCUUCUUCAUGACAUUGUGGAUGUGUCUAAGUUAGAUCUUCUUGUUAGUUAUCCUAAUGGUACUUUAACUAAAAUUGAGAAAAUUUGUAAUAUGAAUUUAUCUAAUUCUUUAACUCUGUUUGAUGUUUUUGUUGUUCCUGACUUUAAUGUAAACUUGUUGUUUGUCCACAAAGUCUAUAAAGACAGUAAUUAUGAGAUUGUUUUUAAUGAACAUAGUUGCAAAAUUCAGGGUUUACAAUCAAGGGAGAUGGUGGGGAAUGGUAGAGAAUCUGGAGGUAUCUAUUACAUAAAUAGUGUACCUUCAAGUAAUUCUUCUAGUGUCAAUAACUCUACUUCUAUUUGUUGUGUGUCCAAAUUAAUUUGGCAUAACAAACUUGGGCAUCCCUCUGAUCAAGCUUUGAGUUCUUUAAAAAACAAACUUAAAUUUGGUAAUGAAGUCCUUCCACCUUGUGAUAUAUGUCAUAAAGCUAAACAAACAAGAGAAUCUUUUCCUGUUAGUCAAUUUGUUACAUCCAAACUUGGUGAGUUAGUUCAUCUAGAUGUUUGGGGAUUUUAUAGAGUGACAACCACAAAAGGAUUCAGUUAUUUUUUGACUAUUUUGGAUGAUUACACUAAAGAAACUUGGGUUUAUCUGUUAAAGUCAAAAGAUGAAUUGGGUGUUAAAAUCAAAAUUGUUAGGUCAGAUAAUGGAAUUGAGUUUUUGAAUCAUAUAAUGAUACAAUUAAUGGAGUCAAAAGGUUAUAAAGUUUUGAGUCUUGAUUCAAAUCUUGUUUUUGUUUUUCGGGAUAUAAAAUUUUAUGAAUCAGUGUUUCCGUUCAAGCUAAAGUCUUCAUCUUUGACUGAUAAAUCUAAUGUCCCUUUAAGUGAUCUCUUUUCCUAUGAUGAGUCAUUGCAUUCUAGUACUUUUCUUGAUAAUACUAAUUUGGAAUAUUUUAGAAGUGUCCAUCAGUCGGAUGGUACUAGUGCAGACCAAGACUUGGAUGAGACUUGUCCUUCUGAUGUCAGCAACCAGACUGGUGAAGCACAUGUGCCUUCUUCUGGUGUGAUGUUUCCAAAUUCCUCUACUUUGACUGAGGAAAAUGAUUCAAUUAAUAUUAAUCCUUUUGAUGGUCAGUCUUCUAGGGUCACUAGGUCUGGACGUAAUGUUCACAUGCCAGUUAGGUUCAGUGGUUAUGUUGUGGAAGGAAAACUCAAAUAUGGUAUUGAAAGAUUUGUUAACUAUUCAACUCUUAAUAGUGAAAAUCUUUUUUUUUGUUGCUAA